AUGGCACCUGUAGUCGAUACCUCGGCCAUUCCGGGCACAGUCACACUAGUCGAUGUUCAGCAGGUGCUCCAUACUCGGCAUCUGGAAAGUGGAGAUAGGGAUAUUGUUUUGAUCCCCGCCCCUUCUGCUCAUCCAGAUGACCCACUGAACUGGAGCCCGCGGAGGAAGUUGAUGUCAACAGUCUCUGUUAGCGUUUACACAUUGUUCUCCGGUAUCGCUUGUUCGGUAGUUUAUUCAGUUCUCACCCAGCUGUCCGAUGAGACCGGUUUAUCGGUCGAUACUCUAAAUGAAGGCACGGGAUAUUUGUUUUUGCUGGCAGGAUGGGGAUUGCUAUUUUGGCAACCCUUUGCAAUGCAAUAUGGAAAGCGAUUGACAUACAUUCUGUCAUUGGCGGGAAUCCUGGGCACAACUAUGUGGGGACCUUAUGCGAAAACAUACGGACAGUGGAUCGCUCGCUGUGUUCUUCAGGGCUUCUUCACUGCCCCGAUCGAGGCUCUUCCAGAAAUCUCAGUCACGGAUGUGUAUUUUACACAUGAACGUGGAACUUACAUGGGAUUGUAUGCCUUUUUCUUGGCCGGUAGCAACUACUUUGCGCCAGUGAUCUGCGGUUUCAUUGCGCAGUACCAGGGCUGGCAAUGGGUCUUCUACUGGCCCAGCAUUUUCUGUGGAUGCGCAAUGAUCUUCCUGUUCUUUUUCAUGGAAGAAACAAACUUUGUCCGCGAAGAUAGUAUCGAGGCUGCCACCGUCGCCAAUGUACGGCUGGAAUCCACCCACAGCUCACACAGUGACGAGGAUCCUGAAAAGGCCCCGGUCUCUGAUCAGGCAAUCCCAGCUACGGAAACGGAAAAUGGCGUGGUCUACGCCAAGAAGACAUACUGGCAGACAUUGUCUCUCCUUGGCCCCAAACAGAAACAUAACACUAUGUUUCGGCGACUUUGGCAGAGUCUGUACUUCCUGUCUUGGCCGGUCAUUUUCUACGCUGGAUUCUCCUAUGGAUCUUAUUUGGUGCUUUUCAAUAUUCUCAAUGGCACCGCAUCUAUCAUCCUGGGUGGAGAACCUUACGGCUUUGGAACUUCCAUGGUCGGUCUCAGCUACUUGGCAUGCUGUCUUGGUGUAGCCAUCGGAUCCAUUUUCACCGGACGAUUCAGCGACUGGCUGACCAUCAAACUUGCCCGCCGUAACAAUGGAGUAAUGGAAGCCGAACACCGCUUGUGGCCCUUUGUCGCAUGCCUAUUACUCGUGCCCGGAUCCCUCCUACUCUGGGGUGUCGGUGCCGCUCACGAAGUACACUGGUUUGGUCUCAUUGUGGCCAUGUGCAUGCUCGCCUUUACCAACACCUGCGGAAUCACUCUGAGCGUCAAUUACAUGGUUGACAGCUACCGAGAGUUGAGCGGAGUGGCGAUGGCUACUGUCAUCCUGGUGCGAAACACGAUGUCCUUCGCCAUUAGCUAUGGUAUCACGCCCUGGGUCGACAAUCUCGGAUACCAGAACUGCUUCCUUUCCGCCGCCUUUGUCGGCAUGGCCUGCGCCGCUGUAUUCCUAGUCAUGAUCAAGUACGGAAAGUCUUGCCGGAUCCGCAGCCGCGAGAAAUACUGGAAGAUUGUCCAAGAGAACUGCGAGAAGGGAAUGGGCCACUAA